AUGUUUUCUGUGACUUCUUUUGUAGGAGUGGGAACUACUGCUUGGUCUUUGAUAGGACGAAGAUGCUGCACUAGGAAAAUGACCAGCAGUAUCUUCCUUAUACCUUCUACCUUCCUUCUCACAGGAAUCUCAGGAAUGACAAAUGGGAAUGUGUGUCUUACCAUCCCCUUCUGCUGUAUGUAUGUCAUUUCGAUCCUGGGAAAUAGUGCAAUCCUCCUUGUCAUCAAGGCAGAGCGCAGCCUCCAUGAGCCCAUGUACCUCUUCCCGUGCAUGCUGGCUCUCGCAGACCUUGAUGUGUCUCUGUCUGGUCUCCCCACAGUGCUGAGUGUGUUGCUCGUUGAUGCACACAAGAUUGGGUUUCAUGCCUGCAUCUCCCAGAUGUUUUUCAUUCAUUUCUCCAUCCUGGACUCUGGGGUGCUGUGGGCCAUGGCCUUCGACUGCCCCAUGGCCAUCUACAACCCCUUGCAGUAUGCAUCCAUCCUGACCAACCCCAGGGUAGGUGUCAUCUGGCUGGGGCUUGCCGUCAGGAGCCUUAGCCUCUUGCUCCCCUUGCCAAUACUUCUGAAGAAGCUGUCGUUCUGCCAGUCCCACAUGCUGGCUCACUUCUGUUUGCACCCCAACUUGCUCCAGCUGCCCUGUGAAGAUAUCAGGGUGAAUAGCAUGUAUGGCUUAUUUGUCCUCUUGGUCACCUUUGGGCUAGACUUGUUGUCCAUCAUCCUGUCCUACAUCAUGAUCAUUAAGACUGUGUUGUGUAUUGCAUCCAAGUGAGAGCGUCUCGAGUCCCUGGACACCUGCAUCUCUCAUAUCUGUGCUGGUUUGAUUUGUUAUAUCCCAAUGAUCGGCUUGUCCAUGGUGUACAGGUUUGGGAAAUCUCCCUCUCUUCUGAUCCGUAUCUUCAUGGCCAGUAUCUGCCUCCUUGUACACCCUGUGCUAAACCCUGCUAUUUACAGUGUCAAAACUAAACAGAUCUGCAGAGAGAUACACAAACUUCUCACUCCAAGAAGGCCCUGA